AUGCUUGAUUAUACACAAGAAGAAUGCUGGUCACCGAUAUUAACACCAUCAUCAUCAAGAAUACAUUUAUCUAUCAGUGGUCAAUUACAAUCUUAUUGUGAUUUAAUAUGUCAUCAUGAAUUAUAUGUUGAACAUUUUACAUCAAUAACAAUACAUUAUCAAUUAUUAUUAUUAUUUUUUAUUUUAUCUUAUACAUCAUACAUCAGUUGCAAGUCAUUUAUUUUUUUUUGUGAAGGAAUAGAUUUAGAUGAAAAUGGUCUUGUAUUAGUUUUAUUAAUUGAACAAUUUCUUCCAUUACCAUUAAAUAAACAAUUAUGA